CAGUCAGACACAGACUACGGUAUGAGAGCCCUCGUUUGGUGAGGGAGGGCUUUUGUUUGUAAUCACAGUUCACUUUGGAGUUGCCAAGCAGGACCAAGUCGGAAUUCCACUCGCCUUUCAACUCCGACCAUAGUGGACCUCAGCAAAGUCUGCAAAAAGAUGGAAAACUACUUUCUAAAAUGGAUACUAACCUUUUGCAUGUUCUGCACUGUGUCAAGUGAAGGAUGCUCUCUGGAGCUGAAACCCUCCAGGGUGGUGGUGGGGUUUGGGGAGCCUGUGUCUGUCAGCUGUGAGGCCUCUCGCCCGGUGCGUGUCCUAGGCUGGGAGUCAGCCAUCGGGUCAGCACACACCCAACAGGACCGUGCUGUCCAAUGGAAGGUGGACAGUCUGAUCGACUGGAUCGAGGAGCCUAUCUGCUACGGAGUCUUCUUCACUGCACCCAGACAGUGUGAGGAGAAACUCAACCUCAUCCUUUACAAGACUCCAGACAGCGUCACUAUCAGCUCAGCGAACCACACUGGUCCCAUGUCAGAGGGGAAAGAGUACCAGCUGCUCUGUGAUGUCCAGAACAUUGCCCCCGUUCAGUACCUCACCCUGAGGUGGUACAGAGGGCAGACUGAAGUUUACAACCACUCUUUCUCUGACCUGACCCCUGCCUCCCCUGUCCAAGUAUCCUCCAUCCUCCUGAUCACCCCAACCAAAGCUGAUAACGGAGCCCAGUACAAGUGUGUGGCUCAGCUGGACUUGGGACCAGAGGGACCACAACCGUUUCCUUCAGUGACAUCAGAGCCUCUCAACGUCUCUGUGAACUACCCCCCAUCCUUCCUCAGUCCUGAGGCUGAGACCCUGCACAUUGGAGUGGGGGAUGAAAUCACAUUAAACUGCACGGCUACAGGAAGCCCCAGUCCUGUGUACAGCUGGCAGUCUUCAGAUCCCAAAGAGAAGAUGGACGACCAACCUGUUUUUACCUCCUCCUCCUUGCUCCCAGGGACCUACACCUGCAUUUCCUCUAAUAAGAUUGGCAAGAAGAGUAAGCAGUUCAUCAUCAAGACUAAGUCUUAAGGUAUGUAAUGUGAGGAGUCUCUUGAAGGUACAAAGGGUCACAUUGGAGGUGUGAGAGAGCGUCAUCAUUGUCAGCCAGACCAUCACAUAGAAAAAAAGGAAUCGCCUUACAUUUUUAAAGACUUUGGUCAUGUAGUAGUUUAUGGUAGCAUAUUAUUGUGUUAUGAUUGAUUCUUGUUGUUAUUGCAACAUAACGUAUACUUUGAUGUGUUUAAAUAUAUAUGUAGGGUAUACAGUUUACUUUCAGUGUGGAGAACCCUAGAACGCGAGGUAGUGUGAAUAGUUAUGCUAUCCAUUAAUAAGCUAUCCAUUAACUUUAUUUUGGAAAUCUACAUUGUUGUUGAUGUUCUUUCUCUCUUUUUUACGUGUCAUAAUAACACUAAUAAAAUGACAAAUGUAUAUUGCCA